AUGGCACCUACAAACGACCAAUCCCAGCCAAACCGGACUCGAACAGUCUUGGUCACGGGCGCCAAUGGCUACAUCGGCUCCGCAAUCUGUCGAGCCUUUGUCAGAGCCGGCUGGAAGACAUUUGGCCUAGUUCGGAAGGCCUCAGCUACGGCCGAGUUGACGCUCUCAGAGGCGAUUCCAGUGGUGGGCACAUUUACCGACCAUGGUUUUCUCGACGGCCUGUACGAACAGUCCCAGACUUUCGAUGCCAUUGUGAGCUGCACUGAGCAAUUCCCUGGCUAUGGGGCCCAUUUCCAAGAGGUCAUGGGCCUUGUUCGUGUCCUUGCCGCCAAGAGCAACGAAAACGGCGUGCGGCCGCUCGUCCUUUGGUCAUCCGGCUGCAAGGACUACGGCAUGACAGGUGCCCAUGGAACACCAGGCCUGUCUGCCCAAACAGAAGAAUCCCCGCUCAAUGGCCCGGAACUCCUCCGAGAACGACAAGAGAGCUGCGUCACCAUCUUCGACCACCCUGAGCUCUUUGACGCAAUCCUCCUGCGGCCGACAUGCGUUUUUGGAUACUCGAGCAGCUACUACGGAGCCAUGUUUGAUUUCGUGUCCGAAGAAGCAGCAUCCGGUGCCAAGGUGCUCAAGGUUCCCGGCAACCCGAACAGCAUCAUGCAUGCCACGCACGUCGACGAUUGUGCGGAGGCAUACUUGCAACUGGCGCAGCACGAGGACAGAAAGGCAGUGGCUGGACAGGCUUUCAACAUUUCCGGUCACCGCUACGAGACGAUGCAAGAAGUGACAGAGGCAUUGGCCAAGGAGUACGGGUUCGAGGGCGGUGUUGAGUUUGUUUUCGCCGCGGAUGCUCCAGCUUCGUUCCCUACUGGGCUGCACUCCGUCCUCAGCUUCAGCCAGUGGGUUGGCAGCGACAAGAUCCGACAAGCGAUUGGGUGGACGGACAAGCGGUCGCUGUUCUCACAGAAUGUCCGAGUGCAUCGCAAAGCCUACGAGGCUCUAAAGAAGAGCGGACACGACAAUAUCGCGACCAUUCAACAAAGAAUCGGACAGGGCCAGAUGAAGCGAGUUGGAUUUACACGACAAGAGUAG